AUGCUCGGACGCAACCAGCAUCCACUGGCGUUCGCUGCCUCAGCUGUGGUGCCAGGCUCACGUGCUCAGGCGCUAAAGAGUUUGAAAGUUUGUGGGGUCACCAGCGCAGAGGAUGCAACCUGGAUUUUAGAGACCAUUCAGCGACGACUUUCCGUUCAAGUCUGGAUAGGUUGUGUGUUGUGGCCGCACUCGCGACGUUGCGUCUCGGUGAGGGAGGCUCGCGACAUCGCUGCUGCUGUUCGCGAGACGGCAGCAAAGCUGGGAACGCCCGCUCGGACGGUGGCUGUGUUUGUUGAUGAGGACUUGUCUCGAAUACGACAGGUAUGCACCGACGCGUCGAUAAACGUUGCUCAGCUGCAUGGGUCCCUGGACUGGCAGGAGCAUGUGCUCCGAGCGGUGGACUCCUGGCCUUCCUGGUUGGACUACGCUCGUGUUCUGCGGCCCGAUGAAGCAGCACAGGAGCCAUCGAAGCGAGCGAUAACAACCGCUGAUGGACGUCCACCCUGCUAUACGUUGAUCGACCCAGGUCGUGGAGACGGGAAGCCCUUCGACUGGCGCAAGUUCUCGAACGAGCGCGUUUUGGGUCCCGAUCCAGGUCUUUGGAUGAUUGCUGGCGGUUUGCAUGCCGGAAAUGUGGUUGAGGCCGUACGAGUCACCAAUGCACCGGGUGUUGAUGUUGCGAGCGGUGUCGAGGUCAGCACCGACGGUCGCAGGAAGCACGAAUCAGGAGAAGGCUCUGCAGACGCGUAUCCGCAGCACAGCGGUAGGGUGUAUCGGCCGCGCAAGGACCCUGCUCGUCUUGAGGCCUUCUUGGAUGCACUUUGCAGCGUCUACGGUGGUCGCAUGAUCUAA